AGCCGCGAAACGUCAACUACUGUCAAGUAACACCAAGCCAUAUCACGUAAUUUGGCGUAAUCUUCCGCACAAAAAACUUCCAAAAUUACGUCAUGUCAAAACUCUCCCUCCCUUUACUAUCUGCCUUAGGUCACUCGGGUGCCACGCUGAAAAUGACGUAAUAAGCAUGAACUUGAAAUAAUGGAACUGGAAAGAUUUUAAAAUUGUCAAUCGACAUUCGCAAAUCUGCAGUAGUCUUGCAAACGUGGGAGUGUGCGCGCGCAUUUAAAAAUGGCUUCGUUGGCUGUUUUUGAUUUUGAUCGUACAGUAGUUGAUGGUGACUCAGAUGCAACAAUAAUAAAUAGAUUGAGAGAAAAGCAACCCCCGCCAGAGUGGGAAGCCAGUAACUACGACUGGACACCUUAUAUGAGCGAUGUCUUCGAACAUGCGUACUCCGCUGGUCUCAGCCAGGCGGACAUCCUGGACAGCAUCGCGUCCAUGCGCCCGACUCCUGGGCUGGAAGAGCUCAUCAAGACCCUGGCUGCCGCGGGCUGGGAUGUCUUGAUCCUUACUGACGCCAAUACUGUUUUCGUCAAUCACUGGCUCAAGGUUCAUGGACUGCUGGAGCAUGUCACGUCCGUGGUGACCAACCGCGCCUUUUGGCAGAACGGGCGGCUGUUCAUAGAGCCUCACAUGCACCAGACCGCUUGCCCACGCUGCCCCAGCAACUUGUGCAAGUCGCUGGCGUUGGCGCAGUGGUGCGCGCAACGGCCGCCAUACAGUAAUGUGUUCUAUGCCGGUGACGGAAGGAAUGACUUCUGCCCGGCGACUAGCUUACCGCCCCACGCGACAGUAUUCCCGCGUCGCGGAUACCCGCUCGACGACUUAAUAAAAAAGACGCUAGCAUCCCCCAACCCUCAGAUCAAAGCCAAAGUGGUGCCGUGGGACGACUGCUACAGAAUAUUGCAGGAAACCUUUCCCGGUAAAACCAACAGUAUAGUUUAAUUUAUUUUUGUACUAUAGUCAGACCUGCUGGUCACGUGAUCAGAGACAAAAACAUAACCAAAUUUGUUCUUUGUCAAGAUAAUUAAAAAAUAUAAAUCUCUGAUUUAACUUAAUGCAAUGUCGUGAUGGGCAUUAUUGAAUACUUUUAUUUGGACACGAAAAUCGUAGUACUUACCGAUGGCCACUCAUGGUCACGCCAUGUCUUAUUAGAUGCUAUCUAGCCGUAAAGCUAUGUUCCGUAUAUUCAUGAUGACUAACGUUUGACUAUUGAAAGUAUUAAUAGAAUGUAAGGGAUAGGGAAAUUUUAUAUUAUUUUAAUUUAUUAAUUUGUAUCGAUACCAUAUUUUGAUGUGCAAUUAAUAAGAUCUUAAGUAGUGAAUACUUGUUGUAUUAAGUCUCGAAGAUGCAAGCUCAGGACACUUGCAUCGGAGGCAACGCUAGAUAAAAAGGUAGAAAUAGGUGUUGUGGAUCUUAUUAUGUAGCCCGCUCAUUCAUAGAAGUUAUUAAUCUAAGGACGCAGCAUUGCUGUAAUAACAAGUCUGUUUCUCAGUGCUGACGACAUACCAGCCGUCGCAGUGCGUAGUCAUAGGGCCGUUGUGAUUGGCUAAUUGAGAUACAACUCGAAUCUAGUUGGCUGUCAGAUAAACAAAGCUGAAUAAACAGCAAGCUGUCAGAUAAACAAAGCUGAGAAACAGACUUGUUAUUACAGCAAUGCUCCGUCCUUAGAUAAAUAACGUCUAUGAAUAAGGGUGUAUGUGUUUAAGUAAAUUGUCGUAUUAAAAGUUGUUGUUUGCAAAACAGGCUGUGAUGAUUUCGAUAGGAAUCUCAGAUAUACCUUUCCUUAUACACAUAUUAAUGCAAAUGUCGCAUAGCGAUCGGAUUACAGUGGGGCAAUAAUCGCUGUAGCCCGAAAUCCAUAUUAUGGAGCCAGAUUUUAUAAAUUGCACUAUUCUUGAAUUAUUCAAUUUCAAAUCGAGCCAAAAAUGAUUGUUUCUAACAAUAAUUGCAUAUUUUUAAAUCAUACGUAGACCUAUGUGUCUAGUGAACGCAAAAAAAAUUUUCGAUGUGAAAAAAAAAUCUGUUUAAUUGUCUAAAUGUACACGAAUAAAGAAAAUGUAUCUCUUUA